AAUAGGAACGUAUUCUACUAAAACGGCCACAAGAAGGUCUAUAUCCACUCCAAUACAAAUGGACAAUGUCGGCUGCUAUGGAACUGAAGCUAGACUCAUUGACUGUGCCUAUGACAUGGAAACCAUCAUCGAUUAUACCGACGAUUAUAGUGAAGAUUACGCCAGUGAAGAUACUCACUACGGAGAUGUCUGGAUUGACUGUAGCAGUAGCACUAGUACAACAAGUGGACCUGAUGGGUGUAAGGGUAACACGGAUUGCAGCAAAACACCUGGUGAUGAAAUUGACAGUAGCAACACUAGUACAAGUGGACCUGAUGGGUGUAAGGGUAACACGGAUUGCAGCAAAACACCUGGUGAUGAAAAUGACAGUGGCGUAAACAAUGCCAAGUCGAAGGAUAAAAGCAGCAGUGAAGCUGACUCGGAUGAGGGGAAUGAUGUGGCACUAAUCUUGGCUGUAGUGGCCUUCGUUGGCUUCGUUCUCAUGUCAACUGUUAUCAUUAGUUUCAUCGUCUACUUCAUUUGGAAAAAAGGUGGAGCUCGUCAAAGUAUGAGGGUCCAUUAUCUGAAAUCAGACCAAGCCCCGAUGAAACCAAAAUGAUAGCCGCUGAUGACCCAUAGAAACACUGGGAGAUUGUGUGCUUUAUAAUAGCACUGUUUACUAACAUCUGUAAAUUAGUCAUUUGCCGGAGGUGUGGCUAAACACAAAUUGUUUGUGCGCAUGCGUGGAAUAACUUGUACAUUAGAUGGCGAUACAACCGGGUCCGAAGAAGAAGGACUUGUUUUAGUUUGCAUCAACAAAAGAUGGGGUCCUAUUUGCCACAACAACGAUGCUAAUGCAAAGACUGUGUGCCGUCAACUUGGAUAUACUUACGGAGAUGGUAAGAAAUUGUUUAUGUUAGCAUAAUAUGGGAG